UCUGAACGGAUCUAAAGAGUCGAGCAGAAACUGUGAAAUGUACAAAGUUUUAUUUCAACUUCCUAAUAAGUGUGAUUAUAUAAAAGACAGUAGAAUAUCAGCUUGAUCGUUUCCCACGAUUGAAAGAACAGGCAGAUCGGUGGACGGUGGAAUGCUUCUGAUCUAGGAGAACCAAUUUCAAUGCAAUCGAUCCCCCUCCUUUCAUAGAGGAACUCUGGUAUAGGUGGUCACCACAGAGUGGUCAAGUUCAAAUCUCGAGUUCAGUCGGCCAUCAGCUACGAUUGACGUGCAAUCGUUGCAUACGUUGCGUCGAUCAAUUACCACGAUUCAAAGUUAAUACCCGUGGACAGAGGGUGACGACGAAUCGUCAAAAAUUUCUUAGCUAAAUUCCUUAGAUCCCUAAUUUAACUAGAUCUCGUUGUAUCAUUGUGUUAAAGAGCAAUUUCAAAUAUCUGUUCCUUCGUUUCUUGAACGACAUUUUCGAAUCUUUUGGUUGUAACAGCUUUCGUUAACGAUCGAAAAUAAAAUGCAGAAUAAGACAUCAGAAUGGACAGCGAAUCAUCCCUGUCAAACGAUACCGUCAUUGCGAAUCGAGAGCAAACCAACAACAACGAGGUCAAUAUGACGAGAAAUUCGACGAAGAAACGAUUGAAUUUCCCGAAGAACGCGAAUCCGACGCGUUCGCCUAAUAACGAGGAAGAGGAGAUACCUUUCUUUGAGAGCGAGAAUAAGAGCAAUAAGGAAGAGGACGAUAUUAUUUCGUGUAAUAUUACUCGUGAUAAGGAUCUCGUCGGCUUGAAAUCGAAUUGCGGUCGGCCGUUGAAAUCGGGUCAAACGAAUGGGCCACGUUUCCCGUCUAGCUAUCGCAUGGUGUAUGGCACCGAGCAUGGCGGCCUCUAUUACCGUCGUCGCCGCCGCCGCGAUUGGUUCAGAGUGAAUGCGCGAUGCGUCUCCCAUAUUUCAAAUCGAGCGUCGAACGUCCGUGUCUGGUCGUUGAGAGGACGAUGCGCAUCUUCCCGGCGAAGCGAACGACGUGACGUCCAACGUGCCGCGGCGUCGAGAACGGGACAGUCUAAACAGCUGGUGACAACGCGGGUGGAGGCGCGCGAAGAACGGGCGAAGGUGGUGACGGCCACCGCCGUGGAAGAGCCGUCGCGGAAGCAGAACGCGGAGCCGUCGUCCUCGGUCGCGCAGAUCUCACGAAAACGACGCGUCGGCAUCGUGGAGAAUCAGUACGUCGCCGGGAGCGACGCUAGUUCGUCGGUAUGCGAGUUGGCGCGGAGCCUCGAGCAGUUAUUCGGUGAGAAAAAGGACGCAGGUAGUAGAGACGGGGACGGAAUGAAGUCGAAGAAGCAACAAAGCACUGUCGAGGGCAUCGGCAUCGAUCCGAUCGAGGAGAACGAGACUUACGACGAGUUCGACACGGUCAGAAUGCCGAUGGUUCGGUCUCUGAGCAAGAGCCCGCAGAGCGAUGAGGGCAUCGAGACGGACGCUGAUCGAAGGAGAGGAUCAAUGGCUCGCUGCUGGAGCCUCGACUCAGCCGCGGCCAGCGACGAGGACACGUCGUCGUCGCUGAACGCGCACCAACAGAAACGACACAAACUGCGGGUCACCAGAUGCUGCAGCUCUGACAGUGCGGUGCUCAGCGACGAGGAUCAAAUAAAAGAAUGGGAUAGUUCGAACAUGGUUGAGGGUGGCGAAUCGGAACAGAACGAAGAGAGGCCGAGAUACUGGAGAACGCCGAGCGUGGUCGUCAGCGAUUACUCGGAUUAUUCUUAUCUGGACGAGAAACUGGAAAGGAGCAAUUUGGACGUAGAGAAAUACGAGGGGACCAGUGGUACGCCUAGCCAAGCGAGUAGUUGCUCCUGUUUGGACUGUGACGAAAUACGCGAAUCUCUCGAUACUCAAUUCCUACAAGUCUGUCGGAGUAGAAGACACUCCGAUUCUUCGUGCCUCGAUUCCGUCAACGCCGUCGCUGCAAGAAAUUUCAGCGAGGUCGGUAGUAGGAGAAACUCUUGUUUAGACUCCACCGAGUCCUACUUCUCGAAGCUCAACACACAGUUCGCGAGGUACACGUCGGAAAAUGCGUCGGCGUUGCAAGAGGAGACGAAGGUCGAUCUUCUGGACAUUCCACCGGUGCGAAAAAUCUCAGACUGCUCGACCGUGUCCAGCCUCAGCGGGGACGAGUCCGACAUCGCCGAGGUUCAGCCAGACAGAGCAAGAUCAUCCAAAUCGUCGGGAUGGAGAAAGCUUCGAAACAUCGUACACUGGACGCCUUUCUUCCAGACGUAUAAAAAACAACGGUACCCUUGGGUACAGUUAGCGGGUCAUCAAGGGAACUUUCGAGCCGGACCCACGCCAGGAACGAUUCUAAAGAAACUUUGUCCUCAAGAAGAAGCCUGCUUUCGGCUACUGAUGAACGACGUACUAAGGCCGUACGUGCCCGAAUUCAAAGGCGUGUUGGACGUGAAAGAGGCAGAGGAAGGGAACACCGAGGAGACUGACGCAGCGCAAACGCUUCAGAAGGAUAAUAAUACUGACGACCCUGCGAACAAAAAAAGCGUGGUGUCCUCUUACUUGCAGCUGGAAGAUCUCCUCGGAGACUUCGAGCAUCCGUGCGUAAUGGACUGCAAGGUCGGAGUCAGGACGUAUCUGGAAUCGGAACUUGCCAAGGCCAAGGAGAGACCUAAGCUGCGGAAGGACAUGUAUGAGAAAAUGGUGCAAGUAGACCCCGCUGCGCCGAGUGCCGAGGAGCGUCGUGUGCAGGGUGUCACGAAACCGAGGUACAUGGUCUGGCGCGAGACCAUUUCGAGCACGGCUACGUUAGGCUUUCGCGUGGAGGGCAUCAAGCUCGCCCACGGUGGCUCGUCAAAGGAUUUCAAGACGACCAGGACACGAGAACAGGUGACGGAGGCAUUGAGACGUUUCGUGGAAGGAUACCCGCACGCGUUGCCCAAAUAUAUCCAGCGUUUAAAGGCGAUCAGAACUACGCUGAAGGCGUCACCGUUCUUUGCAUCGCACGAGGUCGUCGGCUCCAGCCUGUUGUUCGUCCACGAUGCCAAGAACGCUGGAAUCUGGAUGAUCGAUUUCGCGAAGACGUUACCUCUGCCCCAACACCUGUCAAGGAUUCGGCACGACGCCGAGUGGCAAGUAGGCAAUCACGAAGACGGCUAUUUGAUAGGCGUGAACAAUCUGAUAAACAUAUUUCAAGACAUACGGAACUCCGAAGGAACGUAACUGUAAGAUACAAGAUUCCCUCUCAACGGGAGCAUGGAAGUUAUGCCGUGACUCUACAAACGCGAGUGCAUUUCUUUCUUUUUCUUUUUGUACAGACGAUGCGGUUUCACGCACGUCACGUGAAAUACUUUGUACAUAGACGAUAGAUUUCUGUUACAAUGUCCCGUUUAUAUAUUACGCUCUGCGAAGAGAACGGACCAAAGACGCGGUAGCUGUCGCUGCCUAGGUAUUCAUAACGAGACUAUCCUAUAACGUAGAGACGACGCGCAAAGAGAAUGUGUAAAAAAAUAAUUUAAGUAAUCUAAUCGUUACGCAAUAAGUUUUAUUUAUACGUUACAUGCGACGUUGCAAGAAUCUUCUUGAUACAAGAGAACGAAGAAACGACGUUUUCCUUUCCUUUUUUUUGUAUUUAAAAUCGUACCAUGCAUUUGUAAAUAACUCGACACUUAAUUAUAAAAGAAGUUCACGA